GGAACAACACACACACACACACACACACACACACUCAAAGGAUUUAUUACCUUGGACAACUUGGAAGCAGCACUCAAAUAUCAGAAGAGGCCAGAGCACUUUGAAAGAAGCAAGAGAGGAGCACAGAGAACUGUGAACAGAGAUACUUCUGAAUUCUUGAGCCAUUGGACUGCAUCAAGAUGAUGAAAAAAGCCAAGGUUUUAGAUCCAACUGCUGCCGGGCAAGGCGGCAUCAAAAGGAGAUCUAAGGUUCCUGGUGUUAUGAUUACACAGUAUCUUGAGGAACUUCCUGAGGGGAUGACAACUCCCGACUUCACACGUAAACCCAUCGCUUUAACCAUUCAAGAAGGAAAGCUGGCCAUUUUUAAAGCCAAAGUGAAUGGGAAUCCAACACCCACUGUAACCUGGCGUAGAGCUAAAGGAGAAAUGAAUGAUCCCCAAAAGUUUCUGAACAAAUAUGACCCCACAACUAAUGAACACACUUUGGAGAUACCUAAAGUCAGUGGUGAUGAAGUCGACACUUACAAAUGCUACGCCACAAAUGAAUAUGGGAAGGCUGUUUGCACUGUUGUCCUAAAUGUCAUUGAAGUUGGAUUCAAAAAAGACAAAGAAAUAAAAAAGUCUGAAACAGCUGUAGGUGACCCAACAGAGUUUAGAAAGAACCUCAGGAAAGGUGCUGGCAAAAAAAGUGAAGAGAAAAGGGAAGGUGACAUUGACGACUCAGUUUGGGAAUUGCUGCUGAGUGCUGAGAAGAAAGACUACGAAAGCAUUUGCGUCGAGUAUAAAAUCACUGAUUUCCGUGGCAUGCUAAAGAAACUGGUCGAGAUGAAGAAAGAAAGAGAAGAGGAGCAGGCACAGUUCAUCCAACAUCUCAGUAAUCUCAAACCCAUUGAGGUGAAGGCUGAGGGUGCUGCAACCUUUGAACUGGAAAUGGAGCUCAAAGACCCCAACAGUCGCAUUUUUCUGUACAAGGAUGGUGUCAUGAUUCCAUUCACCAAAGAAGCUGAAGGAGAUAUGAAACACGGUCUAAAACAAGUUGGCAAGAAGUAUAUCUUCACUGUUAAAAAUCUCAAUCCAGAAGAUGCAGGAAUCUAUCAAGUGGAUGUUGAGGGUGUCAAUAUCUUUUCAACGGAUUUCAAGAUUCCCCCUGUGGACUUUGCCCUGAAGAUUAAGGAGGUGACGGCCCAGGAGAGAGAGGAUGCCAUCUUCGAGUGUGUCUUAACUCAGCCCAUUAAUGAGAUAGUUUGGACCCUAAAAAAUACACCUCUCCCUAACAAUGAAAAAUAUGAGAUUACUUCUUCAGAGGAUAAACUGAUCCACCGUCUGAGAAUCAUUGAUUGUAUGCCUUUGGAUGCUGGAAUCUAUGCUGCUCUAGCCGGCAUUAAGUCUUGCAGUGCUUGGCUGAUUAUAGAAGCUGACAAAGAUCCAGCAACAAAGGGCAAGAAGAAAGCCCGUAAAACCACUCAGGCAGGCGGAGCUGGAGAUGACUUGCAGAAGAUUGCUGCUGAGCAGGCUGAGAAGCACAAGAAAGAGAUGGCAGAAUCUUUGGAGGCAGCUAAAAAACUCCAGGCUGAACGAGAGGCAGCUCAAGCUGAAGCCAAAGCUAAAGCUGCAGCUGAAGCCGAAGCAGCAAAAGCGGCCGCUCAGGCGGCUGCAUCUUCCGCGGCCGCAGCUGCUGCUAAAGCUUCAGAGGAUGCUCUUGCUGCAGCUAAAGCCAAAGGUGUAUCUGAGGCCGAUGCUAAAGCCGCGGCAGAUGCAGCGGCACGGGCUGCAGCAGCUAAAGCCAAAGCCAAAGCUCAGGAAGAGGCCAGGAAGCAGGCUGAACUCAAGGCCUUAAGUGAAGGCCUGAGUGCUGAGCAAUCUGCUGCGGCGGGGGCUGCGGCAAGUGCUGCAAUGGCUGCACAGGCAGCAAUGCUUGAGAAGGCUGGAGCUGGAGGUAGAGGUGGAGCUGCAGGGGCGGUAGGAGCGGUGGGGGCUACAGGAGCUACUGGUACCGGAGAAGGUGGAGGAGCCGGUGGGGCUGGAGGUGCUGGAGGAGCCGGUGGAGCUGGAGGAGCCGGUGGAGCUGGAGGGGUGGAUGGAGCAGGAGGAGUCGGUGGAGCUGGAGGGGCGGGUGGAGCUGAUGGAGCUGGAGGAGCCGGUGGAGCUGAUGGAGCUGGAGGAGCCGGUGGAGCUGGAGGGGCGGGUGGAGCUGAUGGAGCUGGUGGUCCUGGAGGAGCCGGUGGUGCUGGUGGAGCUGGAGCUGCUGGUGGGGCUGGAGGAGCUGAUGGCUCUGGUGGAAGCGGUGGUGAUGGAGGAGGUGACGAAGAAGAAAAAAAGCGUCAGCGAGCAGGACCUCUUGUACCCGAGACUGUUAUAGGAAACUCAAACACACCCAGCCCAGUUCCAGAUGUAAACAAGGAGCAUUGUAAGCAGGAAGGGGAAGCUGUGGGCCGUACCCGUGUAAGACAAGGCCCACUGAUACCAGACACGGUGAUUGGUGGAGGUAACCCAUCAGAUAAGGAAACCCCAUCAGGGUCUGGCAACCCAUCAGGUUCCAGUAAUCCAUCAGGUUCCGGUAACCCAUCAGGUUCAGGAAACCCGUCAGGUUCUGACAACCCUUCAGGUUCCGAGAACCCAACCGGGUCCGGUAGCGCAUCAGGUUCUGGCAGCCCAUCAGGUUCUGGGGACCCACCAGGACCUGGGAAGCCACCAGGUCCCGGAGGCCCAACAGGGGGCAGCACUGAAGCUACAGGGGAAGAAAAAGGUGCUGAAGAUGAAAAGGAUGAGUCAGCAAAAGCUGGCAAGCGUUCAGGCCGUAAAAAACAUGGCCUACAGGUUCCGGAUGCAGUUGUUGAUCCUGGUGUUUACUUUUCUGCUGGGCUGGAAGACUGCAAAGCUAUUUUGGGAGAGGCGGCUGAACUGGUCUGCAAACUCAGUGCUGACUGUGAGGGUGUCUGGUCCAAAGAUGGCGACGAGAUUGCUGAAGGCACUGAGGGUAUAACCAUCAGUAAAGACGGAGUCCUUCACAAACUGAAAAUUGACAAAGUAACAGAAGAAUUUGCUGGAAAAUAUCGAUUUGAGGCUGAUGGGCGUAAAACCGAGUGUGAGAUUGCAGUUGAAGAUCCACCAAGAUUCGAUGCAAAGGAAAUUGAAGUAUUUUCAAAACCAAUUGUGAUCAAACACAAUCAGAAAGCCACCUUUAAAGUUCCUUUUAUUGGCCGUGAGCCAUGCAAAGUUCAGUGGUACAAAGAUGGUGAGGAGCUCAUGCCAGACACUCACUGCAAGAUUGAGAUUUCAGAGGGUGAAAGCCGUCUGCUUCUCACCAAAUUACAGCGUAAAGACACUGGGGAAAUCAAAAUCAAAAUCAAAAAUGAGUUUGGCACAGUGGAAGCCCUUUCUAGCCUAGUUGUACUUGAUAAACCUACCAUCCCACUUGGACCUCUGGAGAUCAUUGAAGCAUCUUCCAACAGCAUCGAGAUCAAGUGGAGACCACCAAAAGAUGAUGGUGGUUGCCCUAUUAAACAUUACAUACUUGAACGCAACCAAAUUGGACGCAACACAUGGAAAAAAAUAGGCCAGAUUCCAGGUGAAGCCCACUAUAAAGACACUGAUGUUGACCAUGGAAGGAGAUACUGCUACCGAAUCAGAGCCCAGAGUGAUGAAGGCACCAGUGAACUGAUGGAAACAGAGGAUGUGCAGGCUGGAACUAAAGCAUAUCCUGGUCAGCCAUCUAGUCCUAAAGUAGCCAGUGCCUUCAAAGACUGCAUCAACCUGACAUGGACUCCCCCGUCCAACACCGGAGGAACCAAUAUUUUAGGUUAUAACUUAGAGAAACGCAAGAAGGGCAGCAACUUGUGGGGCCAAGUCAAUCCAACAGACCAGCCAAUCCAAGCAAAGAAAUAUGCUGUAAAAGAUGUAGUUGAAGGAAUGGAGUAUGAAUUCCGUGUGUCCGCCAUCAACAUAUCUGGAGCUGGUGAAGCAAGUCACCCUUCAGAAUUUGUGUUCGCAAGAGAUCCAAAAAAACCCCCUGGUAAAGUCAUUGACCUUAAAGUCACGGACUCCACCUACAAUACUUUGUCCUUGUCUUGGACUAAACCAAAAGUAGACCCUGGGGUUCAGGAUGAGGCCAAGGGGUACUUUGUCGAAAUCAGACCUACUGAGAACCCAGAGUGGGAUCGAUGCAACUCAAAUGCCAUCAUCAUGAGCACCUACACUGUAAAGGGAAUGAAAUCAAUGGCCAUGUACUGGAUUAGAGUGGUCGCCGCCAAUGAAGGUGGAGAGGGAGAGCCACAAGAGUUGGACAACUACAUUUUGGCUAUGCCUCCUCCAGUGAGACCAAGAUUCACAGAUGCUAAGAUCAAGAGUUUCAUGGUGGUCAGAGCAGGAAAUUCUGCACGAGUCACUAUCAACUUUGAGGCUUCCCCUUGGCCUGACGUCAUCUGGCUUAAAGAUGGUGUCCCUGUGUCCAAACGUGUCACUAUUAGCAAUGCUGAGGGGGGCUCUCAGAUCCUGAUCCCAUCUGCAGAACGUAACGAUACAGGAAUCUAUACCAUCCUAGUAAAGAACAUUGUGGGACAAGAGACCUUCAGUAUUGAGAUUAGAGUUACAGACGAACCAAAGCCCCCAGGUCCCAUAGAGUUGGACGAGAACGUUCCGGGCACGGUGACAGUUUCCUGGGAACCAUCUCCAGACGAGAAACGUGAUGAUCGCCUGCAUUACACGGUGACCAAGAGAGACUCCACCAAGAGGACCUGGCACACUGUAGCAGACCGUAUCUUCAACAACCGUUUCACAGCCUGUAACAUCAUGCCAGGGAGAGAAUACCAGUUCCGUGUCUACUCCAAAAAUGACAUUGGUCUGUCUGCCCCUUCUGAGUCACCAAAAUGGCUAAUCACAAGAAAGAAAGAAAAAUUCACACUGACCAUCCCAGAGUCCAAGACCUGCAACUUAGAGAAGCCUCCGAGGUUUAUGGUCCCCCUGAAAAUCCACACAGCCCCACAAGGCUAUGAGUGCUACAUGAGCUGUGCCGUGAGAAGCAACCCUGCACCCCACAUCACCUGGUACCGCGACAACGUCAGCCUCAACACUAACACCAACUACUUAAUAACUAACACCUGUGGAGUGUGCUCCCUGCUCAUUCUCAGGGUUGGACCCAAAGACACGGGAGAGUAUAAAAUCAUCGCUGAGAACCAGCUGGGAAGAGCAGAGUGCUCCACCAAUCUCACAGUGAGAGAAUAAAACCAUGGCGUGUGGAGGAUGCCAAAACAAACAUCUUUCCAAUCUUCAUGUUGUUUUUUUUUAGAUUUUAGGCCCUACAUAUUUUUGAAGAAAGAUGUGGCUUGUGCGAACACUACACUGUGUGGCCCUAUUAGACAAAACUGGUAGAAUCAAAUGCAUGUGGUAAAACUUCAUAUAGUCUUACUGUUUUUAAUAGCACAAAAACCUGAAAACAUAAAGAAAAAACUCUACGUGUUGUGCUUCUUGGGUGGCUG